UCCAAUGCUUCAGAAGAUGUUGAAUAGGGCAGACAUUUUGGAUAAAGCUCUUCCCAUCCAAAAGCAUGUGCAACAUGAGUACAGUUCAUACAGAGAUGGUAUGUACUGUAAUGACAAUGACCUCCUUAAAGGGGAGGAAUUCAAAAUCGCUGUUGGACUUUAUACAGAUGAUUUUGAAGUGUCCAACCCCUUAGGAACAUCUAGAAAGAAACAUAAAAUGAGUGCAGUGUAUUGGGUGAUAGCUAAUGUGCCAUCAAAAUACAGAUCCACACUCCACUCCAUUCAGCUUGCCGUUUUGUGUAAAGCCUCUCAUGUAAAAGAAUUUGGCUACGCCAAAAUUCUCCGCCCUCUCAUUCAGGAUCUAGCUUCUUUGGAGCAACAUGGUGUGUAUGUUGAGAAGUUGGGAGAAUGUGUCAAAGGUACGGUUUUAUAUGUGGCCGCAGAUAACCUGGCUGCUCAUUCUCUGGCAGGAUUCUUCGAAAGCUUUACGGUGGACAGAUUCUGCAGGUUCUGCAUGGCAACCAGAGGCGAGAUGCAAGCCAAGGAGAUGACUGCAAACCGGAAGAUGACCUUGAGGGUCAUUCUAACACAGGCAGAUAUAAGAAAAGUUAUCCUAAAUACAAGGCCCUCUACACUCGAAGAUUUGAUAAGCAAGCUUAAAGAGUCACUGGGACUUCAAUACAACUUCAGUCUCCAAUACCAAGACCCUGAAUUCAAUAAUGAACUAUGUAAUCUGACAGAUACUGAAGAACUUCCAGAAAAACCAACAGUUAAAGUCUUGCCUGUCCUUGAGCUGGUACCUGUCUCACCUGAUGAAGUCUUCAGUGACACGAGUACAGCAGAUACAGAGAUUCUCUCACACUCAUCUCAGGAGCAAAAGGAAAAGUGGCCAGAAUUUUUUGACAUCCCAACAUUUUCUGUUGAUGUGCAGUAUAGACUGAGGCAAGCAGAUCUGCUGUUUAUGAGUGAGGGAACACACCUUAAAGUAUCAAAAGAACUAAAACACGAGAUACUUGAGAGAUUAGCAGAGAGCAUGUAUAGCUACACAGCAUACCCAUCUCCAGCUCAGUUCAAAAGUGUUGCAGCGGCACUGAUAAGCAAACACCCUUGUCUACAGGAGCAAGGCUCAACCACUCGCUGUUGUGGUUGGAAAAAUAGUCUAAAGCAUAAAAUGGCUAAUUAUAGAACAAAGCGCAGGCAAUCAGGAUGCCUUGAUGUUGCAGUAAAUGCCGGUAAGCGGGGAAGGCAUUCAGCAGAAGGACAACCAGCUAACAAGCGCAUCAAAAAGGCAAAGAAAGGUGAAAUCAACUACUUGCCCAACUUUCCGGAUGGAUUUGAUCAAGCAGCCCUGGAGGGGGCCUGCAAAGACUUGGUUGAUGAAAUGCAGAAGAGAUCACCAAAUGGACCUCUUGUGAAACAGAAGAUGGAUCAGACGUUUGCUCUGAGAAGAAAAGAGGUAGUGGAGUCGGAACCCGCCAUAAGCACGAUGGUGAAACGCUGGCCUGCCCUUUUCACUGAAGAUCAGGUGUUUAUGGAGUUCAGCAGGAUUGUGGGCAAGAACCUCAAGCAGGAAUUCUAUGAGAGCAUCGAUCGGCACAGUCCUCGUCUCCUUGAGUUAUUUCGUUCCAAGAGGGGGAAUGUUGGACAGUUGUUGACACAGAUUUCACAACAGACCAAUACUACAGAGCCAACUGCGAUCCGGACACAGGUGCUCAGAGGGCUUCCAAUCAUCCUGGGGGACAACCCCACAAACUUCUUCAAAGCAGGCUUUGAAUCUGAUGAUGAUGAUUCUUUCCGUGACCUUGACAUCGGGAUACUUCUCAUUGAGCGUGAAGGUGCUGUGCCCACAUCUUCCCAGCAUCUCAGUCCAGCUUCGUUGAAAAUCAUCAUUGAGGGAGAGGUCGUGAUGGGAAACAUUCAAGAUCUGCCAAAAGCAAUGUGCAUUCUGUUUGGACUCACAUAUGCACUCCAUCUUAACUAUCCCAAGACUAUGAAGCUCACAUUUCAGUUCAUCCAACAGGUACUGCUCUCGUUAGGCCACACUGACCUAAAACCGAAGCUACAGACUUUGAAAAAUCAGCUCGCAAUGUAAAGAGAUGUCAGCAGUACUGUAAUAAGCUGUUAACUACUUUUUUUUUUUUUGCCACACCGGUAAAAACACUUUCUGACCAGUGGGGUGAACCUUUUUUAUUUUCUGUAAAACAGGCCGACAAACAGGCACACGUAAAACGCAGACAGACACACAAACAACAGACACAUAAACACCCAAUCACUACACAGUCCUACACACAAAAAACACUGACACAUACACACCUACACACACUUAAAUGUUGUAGGAAGCGGGCUGAAGGAUGUGACUUCUGUGAAAAUUGAGAGGAGUUGUAGCAGAAAGACAUAAGACAUUGUUCAGUUAUUGUUGCAUCAUCAGUCUUUGUAGAUGGAGUUAGAUAUUGUUCUGAUAUGAUAGUCUCUGUUGGUUCAUGUGCUGGCCUCCCUUCAUUUAGGCAGAUCAAACAGAUUCUGUUUGUUUGUAAUUUCUUGUACAUUUGAGCAGAGGUUUCUUGUGAAUUCUGUUUUUUUUUUAUGGAUUUACCACUAUAAUCUCAGGGCACAUCCAUGUUUUUCUUGUAAAUUUGUGAUGCAUUCAACACCCCCACAUACAACCAGCAUGGACAACACCAACAACCACACAAACAGCACAGACACAGACAACACACAGACACAUUCACCAGCCACACACAUAAUUGUUUCAAUGAUUUGAAAUGACCUUUUUCAGAUUAAUAAUUUUAGGUUGGAUGCGUUGAUGUUGACCUGAUGAUAAGUUUGUAAUAAUAAGAUUGGCUGUGUUUUGCCAUUUUUCUUGAAAAUAAAGUGCAUUGAAGCAUUUAAAGGUGUGUAAAGAAAAGGUAAUUUAAUGAGAGGAAAAUAAUAGCUAGUUAUAUUUAAUAAUUUUGAGUACACACUACUAACAAAUAUAAAUACUAAACUUCAGGUUCUGUUAGUAAAACUCAACAUAUUUAGUUUCAGCUUGUGUAAAAACUAAACAUCCCAUGUUAAUACAACUCAACAUAUUUAGUUUCAGCUUGUGUAAAAACUAAACAUCCCAUGUUAAUACAACUCAACAUAAUUAGUUUCAGCUUGUGUAAAAACUAAACAUCCCAUGUUAAUACAACUCAACAUAAUUAGUUUCAGCUUGUGUAAAAACUAAACAUCCCAUGUUAGUAAAACUCAACAUAUUUAGUUUCAGCUUGUGUAAAAACUAAACAUCCCAUGUUAAUACAACUCAACAUAUUUAGUUUCAGCUUGUGUAAAAACUAAACAUCCCAUGUUAAUACAACUCAACAUAAUUAGUUUCAGCUUGUGUAAAAACUAAAGUGGUAUAGGGCAACGGGUUUCCACGCGAUUUGCGAGUAAAGUC